AUGCCCGCAGACGCGAAAGAGUCGACUAACAAGCUAGCAGGUGUUACUGGCCUCGACUCUACCACAAAGUCAUGCUUUAAGACUCCCAUCAUGGUGGACGUCGUUCAAGGCAGAUGUGACGUCCUAGCAUCCCAGCGGAACGGUCAGCAUGGACCCUGGGCUCCCUCCGCCUAUCGAGGCACCACCUUCGACGAUCGGCGUAGGGAAGAGACAGAGACAUUGACCGAGAUAUCAAACACACAGUCACCAACAGAAAGCGUACCCAGCGACGCCAUUACCACGGGCUCAAUCAUAACGACCAUUGCAACGGAAGGCAAUCCACCUGUACAACCCUUCCCAACCAUCAGCCCAACUGUGACCUCAGCCACGUUGCAGCCUAUCAGCGUCACUGCAUCGCACUUUAAUGGUUCAACAACUGCUCCACCUCUAUCAAUCACUGAUACGGUCACACUGCCUGUAAGCACUUUCAUCACUGUGGUCAGCAGCGAAACUGUAGCUCAGACUCCAAUUCCUACCGUGGUCUCCAUCACAUCAAUUGUCGUUGCAAAUUCAACGUAUACGGUCGCUGGAACGCCCGUGGUCACUUCAAAUGUGCAGCCUACAGUCAUAGAAACAUCUGCCACGAUCCUGAGUGAGACUACCAUAGUCACGAGUGUCACUCUCACCGAGACUGCCUCUACAGUUGUGUCAAGCGGUACACUCUCUUCAGUUCUGUCGGGCCCAACAGCCACUUGCGCCUUCAAGAUGGAUUAUCAGUCCCAGAACCUCUUCGAGCCACUUGGUCUAGGUCCUCCUCCUCCUAGCAUCCCACAUGUACCAGGUCAUCCCGUGCCAAGACAUGGUAUCUACGGCAUGGAUGGUCGUCCUAUUCAAACCAACAAGUACUACUUCAAUUUCUUCCUUGGCAGCCAAACCUUUCCGGCCUUUGUUAUGCCGUACAGUCUUGCUUGGGUCAAAGGUGGUGGUAAUGCUCAAAGCUGGGGAAUGGGUGUAUCGCAUGUGGAUGAAAACCAGAAAGUCUAUGGCCCCAACAAUGCCAGAAUCCCAGGAUCCCCAGCUUCUUAUUACAUCAACCCGCUUGGUAUUCAGUCAAUUAUCUUAUCGGCCGCCGAGCUUGGUUCGUCAACGGUGUUGACUACUGACUCAUUGGACCAUUUGACUGGGAAUGUCAACUUGUCGCCAGUCCUAGGAGCACCUCCAAAGAUCACAUUCCCUCUGGCACAGGGCAUGGCUUUCGUGACUGCCAUUUAUACUUCUGCCCAGCCGGAGGUCCAAUCAGGAGUGUUCAUUCGCUCGGUUGUCUUUGUUGGACAAGUAAGGGCUGGUACUUACAAGUACCGGGUUACCCUCGAAGAUGGCAAAUUGUGGCUAGUCUAUGCCUCAUCGACUUUUGGUGUUGGUCCAAACUUUCAGCUGACCUCGAGCACGAUGCUUCAAGGUGUCAAACACUGGUCUGGCCUCGUGCAAGUUACCAAGGUUCCACCUGGUGCUGAUGAGGCCGUUUUCGACCAUUCAUCAGGUGUCUAUCCCUCGUCUGGCGCUGUUAGUGGCUAUGCUGCCAACGAUACUGCCCAGUACAGCUUGUCUUGGUCCAAAUCGGGUCCUAACGCUGACAAUGGAACACUGUUGAUGUACGCGCUGCCUCAUCAUACCCAGUCAUUCGACGACGCCACCGCAGCCAAGGUCCAGCCUCAGGUAAAGUUACAGACAACCACAAAAGGUACUGCUACUGCUGUGGUCGCAGAUUGCUGGAUCCUGAACGAAGCACUUCACCCCUCAAUGGGCUUCGAACCGUGGGAUCCUGAUUCCUCCAAGGUUCACGUACUUGCCGCAGACGCAUUGUCGCUCGUCCAAAAGUACAGUGCCAUAGAAGCAUCUCAGAACAUGGACGCAGCAACCAAUCUGAACAGUAUGUACUACAGUGGAAAAGGUCUCAGCAAGUACGCCAAGAUCAUAUAUGUCAUGAAUGAGAUGGCUGAUCAACCUCAACUUGCUGCAGCCGCUCUGGAAAAGUUGAAGGCGGCCUUCGCGACUUUCAUCAACAAUACUCAGGUCUUCCCUCUCUAUUACGACACUGAAUGGAAGGGACUGGUAUCUUCAGCAAGCUACGUGACGGGUGACGCUGGUCAGGAUUUUGGCAAUUCGUACUACAACGACCACCAUUUUCAUUACGGCUAUUUCAUCCACGCCGCAGCACUCAUUGGGUAUCUGGACCAGGCUUGGGCUCAGGAGAACAAAGACUACGUCAACGCUCUGGUUCGAGACGUUGCCAAUCCUAGCUCUCUGGAUACCCAUUUUCCGAUCUUCAGGUCUUUUGACUGGUACAAUGGUCAUUCUUGGGCCAAAGGUCUCUUCGAAACCGGCGACGGAAAGGACGAAGAGUCGACUUCUGAAGAUGCAAUGUUCGCUUAUGGUCUCAAGAUGUGGGGUCGAACCAUCGGUGACCAUUCUAUGGAACAACGUGGUGAUUUGAUGUUGUCGAUCCUUGCCAGAAGUAUUCAGAAUUACUUCCUCAUGGAAUCUGACAACAAAAACCAACCAACCAGAUUCAUCGGCAACAAGGUGACAGGCAUCCUGUUUGAGAACAAAGCCGAUCACGUUACAUACUUCGGUGCAAACUUUGAGUAUGUGCACGGCAUACAAAUGAUUCCUCAAUUGCCCUUCUCAACUCUGACCCGAACUCGAAAAUUCAUUCAGGAAGAAUGGGAGUUGUACUUUGCAGAUGGUGCCUCGACUCCAGCUCAGAACGUUCAUGGAGGUUGGAAAGGCAUUCUUUUCGGCAACCUAGCAAUGAUCAAUCCUCGAGCAGCAUACAACUUCUUUUCGCAGGAAAACUUCGACUGGGGCUGGUUGGAUGGUGGAGCAAGUCUGACAUGGUACCUAGCGUACGCUGCAGGCAUGGGCGGUGCAUCGUAG